CUGUAAAAUUUUAAUUUAAUUCAAUUCUCUUAUCUAGUUAAUCAUAAGUACAUGUAAUAUAGCGUCAUAGAAAACAGCAAUAUCAUCAUCUCGCUAGUGAUGGAGGAAAAUAGCCGAGGAAAGUGGCUAUGAAAGUACAUGAAAUCCACUACAAAGCUGUCGAGCCCCAGAAUGAAGGUGAAUUUCUAUACUUAUAAAUUAGAAUUACAUCAAGCACAAUAAAAUAAUUCUCUCCUCUAAAAUAGCACGUAACAGUAUACGGACAUUUUCUGGUAAUUGCUUACUCGUCCAUAAACCAUUUCCCGGCGUCAUCGUGCACUAUUCGUGGAUUCUAAAAGUUGUUUUGCGAUUAUCCCAAACACUGUAAAGGCCUGUACUGUGGCCAGUUUGAGAACAAGGUAUUGAUAGACAUAUGUCUCGGAGAAACGAACACUGGAAAUCUCUUAAAUUAAAUCAAGUCAUAAAGUACACUUUCUAAAGAAGUAUACUUGAAUUCAUGGCACAAGUGGGCUUUCGUAGGUGGCUGUUCAUGCCAUUGCCAGCACUAAUAUCGUGAUGCCUGAAGUCGAAAUGGUUUGGAUUCUCCGUAAUACUCUGUGUGCAAUGUUAUAACUACAACGACAUGCAUGGCUUGAACCUUGAACUUCAUACUCUUUCGCUUUGUGAAAAUCGCGCCAAAAGUGUAAACCGUGAUUCGGUUCCCAUGUACUUACGAGUAUUUUCUUUCCGCAAAAUAACAAUGAAGGACCAGGCACCAGGCAAUUUGGCGGGAAAUGCAUUGUAAUGUCACAUGGAAAUGCUACAGAUUAAAAAUCACAAUCGUGCGGCUAGAAACCUGGAAAUAGGGUACCGGUUUCGGAUAUGUUUAGCCACUAUCAAAUACCCACGAGAAGGGAACCUAAACAACUUCGGAGCACCCAGUCUUACAUCUACUACACGGACGAUAAGAAAGGCGAAGGAGCAACGGGAAGUGUAUUUGGUGGCAGAGAAAAGAAAUCUGGUGAGAGGGUUGCUGUGAAGGUGUUCAACAAUGUCAGUUACCGGAGACCUGGAAGCGUGCAGGAGAGAGAGUUUGACGUCCUCCUUAAACUAAAACACUCCAAUAUUGUGAAACUUCUUGCCAUUGAAUAUGAUUCCACUUCCCACGAUCGUGUCAUCGUCAUGGAGCUGUGUGAGGGUGGGAGUCUCUUCAACGUCUUAGACAAACCCGAGAAUUCCUUUGGAUUGGCUGAGACAGAGUUCAUUAUUCUCCUUCGGGAUGUCAGUCAGGGCAUGAAACAUCUGCAGGAUAAAGGAAUAGUACAUCGUGACCUGAAACCGGGUAACAUCAUGUGCUGUUUCGGGCCCGACAGCUCUUCCGUGUACAAACUGGCUGAUUUCGGUGCAGCUCGGGAAUUAGCGGAGGGUGAAAACUUCGUCAGUUUGUACGGAACCGAGGAAUACCUGCACCCGGAUGUGUACGAGCGAGCCGUUCUCCGGAAACCGCUUGUGAGGCCAUUCACAGCCUCCGUAGAUCUCUGGAGCAUAGGCGUAACUCUCUUUCAUGCAGCUACGGGGGUGCUCCCCUUCAGACCAUACGGGGGCCGAAAGAAUCGAGCCACGAUGCACCAGAUGACCACCCUUAAGGCAUCCGGAAUCAUCUCUGGCGUUCAAAGAGACUCCGAGAAUGGUCGAAUCGAAUGGAGCAGGGAAUUACCUAAGACAACGCAGAUGUCACAAGGCCUGCGCCUUCUUGUUGAAGAAAUGCUUGCUGGACUACUGGAAAGCGACGUGAACAGGAUGUGGUCUUUCAAGACAUUUUUUGACACCGCUCAGGCCAUCGUGAACAUGACUGUAGUCGAUGUUUUCUACGUUGUGACGUCACAGCUCCUCAAGAUUUACAUUGAUCCCACUCAUUCAUUUGCCGAGUUUCAGGAAAAAGUUGCCAUGCAGACGUCAUUGCAGUCCGUAAAUCAGAUGCACAUCUUCGAGCACGCCAUAUUUUACCCAGAAUCCAACGUGCCCUCCAAGGAAUUCCCGGAGACAACACCAUCCAAUCCCAUCUUUCUCUUCAAGAACACUUUCGAUGGCGCUGUCUCACCAGUUGCCCCAGUUUGCCCAAACAUACCAGAUGUUCAGUCCAGAUACUCAUUGGGCACUGAUGCCCCAUCGACAAAGAAGAGCAUUGCCGUCCACUUCUGCCUCAAACGGAAACAAGAAUUUCUUCUGUUGAUGCAGAUACUUCAGAACAUGGCUGUAAAAGCCUUUACUCAGGUGGUCAAAGACGAGGUGAACCACAUGUGUUACCACUUGAACAAGCUGGAAACCACCAACAAAAUGUUGCCGGUGGUAGUGGAGGGCCUGCGCUCUCGCAUCGAAACCGAUCGGCAGCUUGGACGGUGUUGCCAAAGUAUCGCCAAUGGGAAUAAGACGCGUCUGGAAGUUAAACUACAGGAUCUUGAGGUCUUAGGGGGCGAGAUCACUGAAGCGAUUGCAGAAGUCCGCAGGCUUUCACUACAAUUCGAAGAAGAGUCCAGAAGGCUAAAUGUCAUCAAGUGUGAGGUAGUUGAUAGAGAUGCCCUGAAGGAGGCAUGGAAUAAGCAGAUCCUGCCCCAGUGCCAGCCAAAGGAUAAAUGCAUAGAGCGUUUUGAUGUCAUGCUGUUCUCCCAACUGGAAAUCUACUCUAAUUUCUGCCGUGACAGCAAGGAGUCAACCCUGUCGUUCAACGCCGAGCAAAUACACAAAAUGGAGAAAAUCAAAUUCAACAACACGUCCCCAAAGAUUAGUUCCUUAGUUCGUGAUCACUGUGAAUCUAACUGGUUUUGCAAACAUUCCAGUAUGACAAAGUGGCUCAGCCAAGCCUAUUCCUUCAGACAGCAAAUCAUGGAGGUGGAUCAAAGUUUGACGCCCCUGGUAUCCGAAUUCUCCAGAGAAGAAAGAACUAUCUCAGAGUUGGGAGAAAGAUGCCGCGAGGGACUAAAGAGCAUUGAGAGUGCAAUUUCAGAGUGUACAUCUGCAAAGAACUUCUGCGUAAAGUCUCAAGUUCAGGAUGAGAAACCUCCUACGAGGGCUUGUACUUCUGCGACUUCACAAACAUCUUUAAAUCAUGAAAGGGAAUUCCACGAGGCGAUCACGCAGACCCCAUGGAUUGUUAAUGUCUUCAGAACAGACAAGUAUCCUACCGUGCACAUGGUCCCAGUGACAAGCGACUUGAGAAAGGAAUUCUUGGAGUGGAUUCGAGAAAAACCAGUCACGGAAGCCGUCGUCAAGAAGAGUCAGGACGUGACGGAAGAAAUGCAGAAUAUGUCGCUAGAUCUCUCUGAUCCUUGCCUGGACAUGUACGGAUGCUGAGCGUGCAUACCACACAAUGGAGGAAGACGACUCCAGGCAGACGUGGCUCACAGGGGGUGGGGACACUUCCCUCCCCAUAAAACGUUACACAAAACUUAGUUUCCAGCUACACAAAGCUCCCCAAUAACAUUUUAUGAUAUUAAUUUUGUACCAGUUGGUGACAAAUGUAGUCUGCAAAAUUAUUCACAAAGUGUCAGAAACAUCAAUGACGUAUCAACACGCAGUACAAUAAAUCGUUCGCGGCCCCACAAAGUGACCUCUACCGAUUAAAAGACAAACUUGAGAUUUCAGUUCCUUCUGAUCUUACAAUAGAACAAAAAACCCUGAAAAUAUCGAAUUAAAAUAGGUUUAUUUUUCUUGAAAUAUACAUGUCUAAUUUGCCGCUCCAGUCUCACUACGUGGCCUGAGUAUCUCAAUCUUUGUUAGUUUCGACAAAAGUCGAUUUAGUAUUGCCCUUGUUUGCUUCGAUCAUUUCUACUUAGAUUGUUAUAUUGCUUUCAGUUUGGAUUGUAAGAGUGAAUAUUACCCAUGUUUUUUCAUUGCGCUGAGAAUUUUGGUACAUAUAUACGCAGUUAAUCCAUGGAGACUUUUGUGAAAUAUGCUAUUUGGCUUUAUUUUUACUCAAAUGGUAAUGAUGAAGAAGGCAAGAAUCAAGUAUCACCUGCAUAAUCUGCUAAAUAGGAAUUUCAUCCAGAUGUUGACUGCAUUUGACUUUAUAAUGCAAUUAAAAAUGUAAGUGCGAUUUUGACGCCUCGCUAAGUGUAUGUCGCUAAACCGAUGUUGAUGCACAGUUCAUGUCAAGAAUAUUUUAAAAUUAGCACCGACUUUAUUUUAUAGAGUAAACGUCCUUUCCCUUUUGUUACUUUUUUGAGUUCUGCAUGCGGUGAAAGGACAAAAUAAGAUUGAAUAGUUCACCGAAGACCUCUUCACCUUCGCAUUUAAAAUCCACUUAGCCAGUUCAGAAAAAUCGUUUGAAGCACAAUGAACUACAAGCUAUCGUACAGUUCCAAACUACUAAGGUCUUUCCCUGGAAAGAACAAUGAGAAGUUUAACCAUGUUUUUAUAUUAAACGUAAAAACAGGUCACGUAGUGAAACUAGCAAGAAAGUUUUGUGAGAAUACUUGGAAAAGUAGGAAAUUCAAAAUUCUAAGAUAGUAAAGAUUUCAUUGUUUACGACCUGCAAAUGUAUUAAUUUUCUAAUAUCGGCAUGGGUCACUUCGAGGGACCAGCGACGAAAUCUGUGCAUUUUCAUACUUAAUAAUGGACUAAACACUGCACUCUUCGAGGCCGGUGGCGCAAAACGUACUACCAACGAAGACUAAACAUUUGUCAGACUUGGCAGUCCGUGUACCAUCCAGUAUCUCGUGUGUUUUCCUCUACUCAUGUAGAAAGGAAUACCUUUAGAGCAAUUCUUCUGGGUAGUGACUUGGAUUAAGACCGGAUGAGGCGUGGUUGACUCAACAUAAGUGGAAUAGUUAAAUACCAUUCUGAAAUGUUCCUGGGAGACGAUUAAGUAAUUUUCAAAGAGUGGAUGAUGUCAUGAUCACUUCCUUCUUUAAUAUUUUCUUUGCACUAACGUAUUUCUCACGUUUAAGGUUUCAGCACGUUAUAUUUGUAACACUGUUCGAUAUAAUUAGAAGGGAGAACCAUAGGUGACACGAUAAAUAUUUUAUAUUUUACAUUAAAUGUAUUCUUAGCCGUAAAACGAAAUGUGCAUUUCAUGAUCGAUUCUUGCUCCGAAUUGAAUGGCAAGACGGUGACCAGGAUCAAGGAAGGAAUAAACGCGCGUGGGAUCUAUGACAAGCAUUCUUUCGACGGUUGCAAAAACAGAGUGGUUCAUUUUGCGCCAACCGAGCGCCUCCAUAUGAAAAGGUGACGUCGAAGAGGGGAAUGCUCGCCUUCUUCAUGUAUACACGGAAUAUUUAUGAUAGGCAUAAAAGUCCAGGUUGACCUGAAGAGAAAACUGAAUUUCAUCGGGCGAAUCGCAGGUUUUAAGUGCAAGCUUCACUUCGGUCAAGUUUAAUACAAUUACCCAUCAUUUUAUGACAAUAUUUUCAAAAUACAUCUAUAUUAAUGGACUUUGAGAAAGAUUAGAUAAAUAUAACCCCUGUGAAUUAAGGACUAUGCUGAUAAUCUUGAACAACUUUUUAUAAUCAUUCAUAAACAUUUUAUUUAGACACAAUGUAAUCCCUUAGUUAUUAAGCUAUCAACAUGUAGUUCAAGGUUGGAUGGGUUUUAAUGUUUCUCCCUUUGAAUUAUACCAAACAUACUCUGGUGACUAUUAACCAUAUUAACUAUAUUCAUAGUAAGCAAUACAAGGGGCGCCUCUCAUUUCUGACCGUCUUUUCGUUGACAUUAAUUAGCAUCAAUAAGGGGCCUAGGUUAUUUUGGCAAUAUCCUGACAGAAAACCUGUCACAAAUUCCGUCUCAAAUACCAAAUUUCACUUACCAUGAAUUCUUAGCAUGCAGUUCGACUUCAUUCGGUGGAAUCUUCGUGCGCUUCGUGAUGAAAAAAAUCAAUAUGACAACAUAAUUGUGCAUACUUAAAUUCAUGUGUGUCAGAUAAUUCUAACCUCAACAAACUAACUCAUGCACAGACUUGCCAAAGGACAUAACAACAUUGAACCUUGGAGGCGGGAAUAAAGUUGUAAAGAUUGCGAUUCUGUCGAUGGCCACGAUUGAUUCAUAUGGGUAGAAGGUCAAACAGCUUAGAACCAGACGGAUAUGUUUCUUGAGGUCAAGAAUACACGAGAACAAAGCAGUUCACAUUUAAAAUGUGAAAACUUGAACAGAAAAUGUGAGAACUCCUGUACAGCUCGAUCUGCUUUUUGUCGUCAUCCUAUAUUGUGUGAAUACAGCGCUUUUUAAUAGUUAGUAAAAGCUUGAAAUUGACGUU